GUUGUGUGCACCUUCGUUGGGAACGGACUAAAGCCAUGUUGUCUCAGAGUAUAUCCUUGGUGUUGUGCCUGGCAGCGGCAUGUACAGCGCAAGGACCUUCAAACCAGUACCUACCCCCAGACAAGGGCUACAACUACCCAUCUCCUCAGGUUCCAUUCCCAUCAGGCCCCGGGCCCGUGUCUCGGCCCCCACCUAGCGGGCCUCCACCGUCAAUCAGCAGCCCCCAGCCGUCGCCGCCUCCCAGCUCCUACGGCCCCCCAGUAUCUACUCCCGUAGGACCUCCCUCCCCAUCUCUGCCCCCGCCAAGUCCUGGGGGACCAUACCCUCCCUCAGGGGGAACCUCUGGAGCUCCUGUUGGCCAGUACGGUCCGGACUCGCAUUUGAACAUGCCUCAUGUUCCCGGCAUGCCGUUCGAGUUCGACUAUGCCGUCAACGACCCAAUCCACAUGGCCUACUACUCGCAUAACGCUGCCAGCGACGGUGAUCAGGUGAAGGGAGAAUACAGAGUCAACUUGCCGGACGGCCGAACACAGAUUGUGACGUACGUCGCUGACUGGGCGACCGGCUUCCACGCGGACGUCAAGUACGAGGGUGAAGCAACGUACCCAGCGCCCGCCCCAGCGCCGUACCCAGCCCCCGGCCCAGCUCCUGGACCAGCCCCCGGCAGCUUCCCCAGCCCGCCAUCACCCGGUGGGUACCCUAGCGCUCCCGGACCCUCCGUGACCGGCGGCGGCGGUGACUUCCAGGGAUACCCCGCGGCAGGAGCUCCCGAGGGAGUGACAGGAGGAGGAUACUAGACUGUGUUACCCAUAAUCCUCAGUGGCCGGCGUUCAACCAUACACUGGACUUACCGAAAUUCCGUAAUUCAGUUACCUUACAAUAAAACCCCUAAGGUUUGAUUCGCCCCACUGCCAUCCCUCAUACCGGUGACGGAACCUCGGCCGGCCACAGACUACCCUAGGAGUUGUGUAUAUGUUAUUUAUCGUUUUGUACCUACGUUUAAGUUUGUAAGUAAGCUAGAUAAUUUUGUACGUGUAUCAUACAAACUCAGCCACUAGUGCUUUUCCAGUCUUGCCAAAUUAUGACUACGUUUUGUAUUAUUUAUUUAGUGAAUCUAGCAACUGUGGUUAAGAAAGUAAGAGCACCCGUGGAGGAGCGUAGAAUAAGUUUGUGAUCUUAACUGUGAAAUAUUUUUGCAAUAAAAUAACUUGUCAAGCAUA